AUGGAGGACCUAAAGAAGAGGAAGCUUGAAGAAACAGGCAACGGUCAAUUACAUGCGAGUCCUUCAGAGGAUGUAGAACAGUUGCGUUCGCUACUGGACCCACUUGCUAAAGCCCAAUUGGUGGAUCUCCUUGCUAAGCUGGGGUCUCAAUAUCCUUCUAUUGCUGAAGAAAUUAAAAAUGUUGCAAGCGCAGAUCCAGCCCACCGAAAGCUUUUUGUCCGCGGCUUAGCUUGGAAUACCACUUCAGAAGCUUUGUAUGCUGCAUUUGAAGUGCAUGGUGAAAUCGAAGAAGGAGCUGUGAUCACUGACAAAGCAUCAGGAAAAUCACGUGGCUAUGGAUUCAUCACUUACAAAGAUAUGCAGUCCGCUCAGAGAGCUUUGAGAGCACCUGGAAAAUUGAUUGAUGUAGGCAUUAUUUUUCUUUCAAUUCCACACCCAUGA